AGUUAUUCUCCAACUAACGACUCAACGUGUUCACUUCCAUAUCUGAUGUUUAGUUUUUUGAUUUCUUUUUAAGUUUUCCCUAAAAAUAUUCAAAGUUUAACUUUUAAAAUCAAAGACAUUAAGCAAAUAGUUUUGUGCUGAGUUAUCAGAAGUUCCUAUUCAGUGUGCUAAGAAUUGAAAUUUGUGUUGAGUUAAGCUGAAAAAAUGGACUUGCAAAAAUGACAAUCGAAACGUAAAAGAAAGGGAGAAAAAUCGAUUUAAUUUAUUAAACGUGCGAAACGUGUUGCUUUCGUCAUAUUAACUUCUUGUGCGUUCUUUUUCGAUAAUCACUUGAGAAAUAAUUUCAAAUCUAACAAGAUGACUGAGAUGGAAGGAGAAAAAGUGGUUUUAGAAAGGAAAAUAACGUUGAUGAACGGAGUCGGCAUCAUUGUCGGAUCAAUUAUCGGAUCGGGCAUAUUCUUGUCUCCUUCUGGCGUUUACAAAUAUUCCGAUUCUGUGGGUUUUUCGCUUGUUGUUUGGUGCUUCUCCGGUUUUCUUUCAACUCUCGGUGCUCUCUGCUAUGCGGAAUUGGGCACAUUAAUAAGCAAAUCUGGAGGUGACUACGCUUAUUUACUCGUAGCAUUUGGACCAUUAGUCGGAUUUUUACGCUUGUGGAUCGCGCUUUUCAUUAUUCGACCAACAACACAGGCGAUUGUUGCAUUGACAUUUGCUGAAUAUGCUGCAAAGCCUUUCUUUCCCAACUGUGACAUUCCGCAAGAUAUUGUCAAGAUACUGGCCGCUAUUUGUUUAUGUUUACUCACAGCAAUUAAUUGCAUAUCGACAAGGCUUUCGAUGAAAGUUCAAGAUAUCUUCACUGCUGGUAAACUCAUAGCUUUGGUGUCAAUCAUCUUCAUGGGCGUCAUUUCAUUCUUCACGAGCGAUUCUCAUAAUUUUUCGAAUGCGUGGGAGGGAAAUUAUGAGCCGAUGAAUAUUUGUUACGCAUUUAUGCAAGGAUUGUUUGCUUUUGGCGGAUGGAAUUAUCUUAAUUUUGUCGUCGGUGAACUUCAAGAUCCAUACAAAAAUCUACCGCGAGCGAUAUACAUUGGAAUGCCUAUCGUUACAGUUAUUUACGUGCUUACAAAUUUGGCUUAUUUUGUGGUCUUACCAGGCGAUGAGAUGAAAGCAAGUCUUGCUGUUGCGGUUACUUAUGGAAAUAAAGUAUUUGGAUCGUUCAGUUGGUUGAUUCCAAUUUUCGUUGCAUUAAGCACAUUUGGUGGUGUCAAUGGCGUUAUUUUUACAUCUGCAAGACUCUUUGCAACUGGAGCUUAUGAAGGACAUUUGCCUUCAUUCUUUGCUUUGUUUCAUGUUGAAAAGCAAACACCAAUUCCAUCGUUGAUCUUUUCAUGUGCGAUGUCUUUGAUCAUGGUUUUGUUCGGAAAUGCUUUUGAGUUGGUGAAUUAUUUCAGUCAAGCACUUUGGCUGUCAAUCGCUGCUUGUGUCUUUGGACUAUUGUGGAUGCGAAAGACGAAACCUGACCUACCACGGCCAAUCAAAGUCAACUUGAUCAUCCCAAUACUUUUCCUGGUCAUUUGCUUGGCACUUGUCCUCACACCAUCGUAUUAUGAACCUAGAAAUUUAGGCAUCAACAUUGCAAUCACAUUAAGUGGCGUCCCAUUCUACUUCCUUUGUGUAAAAUGGAAAAACAAACCGAGACAGUACCAAGUUGCUUCAAAAGGUGUGGAAAAAUUCUGCCAAAUUUUAUUCCAAUCAGUAUUCAUGGAUGAAGAUGUCAAAGAAUUGUAAAACUUUAUUAUUAAUUUUUAAACUGACUUUAAGAGCUUUUUUCCUAAGAAAUACUUUAAUGUAAAUGAAGUGAACUCGAAACAAAACGAAUCAAAACUAUAAGAAAUAAAAUUCUCACAUGUUUUUCAUGGAUUAUAACAAA